AAAAUAUUAAUUUCCCGCCAUUUAUUCGUCAACAGUGAAGGCGUGAAAGCUGAAACCAACCCUCAAUCUCUCUCUCUCUCUCUCUCUCUCUCUCUCUCUCACACUGAACACUCUGAGAUGGCACCAAUGCAAGCGGUUUUCAUCGCCGUUCAGUGCUGCCAAUGCUCCACCAUGCAGGUGAAGCAGCGGAAGAAGAGCAGCAACAAGUGGAUCUGCGUGGUGUGCAACCAGAAGCAGUCCGUACGCCAAGUCUUCGCUCAAGGCUUCAUGGCCAAGGAUGUUCGAAUCUUCGUCCAGAAUUUCAACAUGUCUCGCCAAUUCUCCGAUCUCGCUCAACACGAAGAGCCUCAAACCCUAGAAGGCCCUGCAGAAGAAGACCGGUUCCCCAGCAAGAGAACCGAUUGGACCGAGUACCUCGAUUUUGAGGAUGAAUCGGUUGAAAAAGAAGAUGAACAAUCAACAGGGGAUGGAUUGGAGACUAGGAUUGUGACAGAGCUUCCCAAGGCAGUUUUCAAAAGGCCAAAACUCAGCAAUUAUUCUGCAGGGUCUGAAUCUGACUGUAAGAAGCGUUUCCGGCCAACUUUUACGAAAAGGGAUACAAGAAAACAAAGCACAUUCCAGGGCAAAGAUAUUGGGAUGAUGGCAAAGGAGGGUCCUGACAGGGAAGAUUUCACAGUAGCAUCUCAAGAUGUUCCAUCUUGGUCUAGAAACAGGGAUGCUAAAGCAAAUGACAAGAAGCUCGUAAGCAAAGAACCUACAGAGGGGAGUCUGCUAACAACAGCAAAGUGGAUGUCAAAGUGGAGUGAAUACAUAACAGCAGAUGCAGAUGAUGAUAACUUGGAGCUUGAAAGUGGGGGAUGGCUUACCAGUGGUAAAGAUAGAUGGAACAACAUUGCACUUGAGAACCCAAUCAAGGAUCACAAGGUAGAUGAGGAUAUCCACCCUGAUUUCACGUGAGUGCCUAUAUUUGCUUUUAUGAAAGAUUUUCCCCCAAAGCUCUAUAAUCCAAAUAUUGUGCAGUGUUUAGGAAAUGCCAACCCUAAUUGAGAAGUUGAAUGUGGCAAUUGGUCAGUAAGAGAAGAACUAACUCUUAAGUCUUAAAUAGCCAAUGAAUUUCAAAAUAAUGCUCUACUCAUCACUCAUCAGAGCUUUGUUUUACC